UAAGAAGGACAGUUGUUGUUCGGUUUAACAAGUAACAACUAAACAGCAGACCACAGAGUCCAGAGGCUGAGAAAAUCAUAAAACCUUAAAAGAGAUCGAUCAAUCCUCCUGAAUGAGGAUAUGCUGUUGAUGUGACUUGGCCUUUUGAUGACUAAGAAACAUGAUUGUUGUUUGGGUUAAAUUUUUAGGCUGUUAGAAAUAUAUACAUUAAUAAGUGCUGCCGACCUUGCAGCUUGAACCAGUUCCCCACUGAUCCCCCAAGCGCUUCAUGCAUGGGGAGGUACCAUUUCACUGACGAGGUAACUAAGAUCGUGUAGUGGAAAGCAUGGCCAAGCAUCAUCCUGAUUUGAUUAUGUGCCGGAAGCAGCCAGGAAUUGCUAUUGGACGACUUUGUGAGAAAUGUGAUGGGAAGUGUGUAAUAUGUGAUUCCUAUGUGCGCCCUUGCACACUUGUUCGAGUUUGUGAUGAAUGCAACUAUGGAUCCUUUCAAGGUCGCUGUGUUAUUUGUGGAGGAGUGGGAAUUUCUGAUGCCUACUAUUGCAAAGAGUGUACACAGCAGGAGAAAGAUAGGGAUGGAUGUCCAAAAAUUGUCAAUUUAGGGAGUGCCAAAACUGACCUAUUCUACGAACGUAAGAAAUAUGGUUUUAAGAAAAGAUGAUGAGAAUUAGAUAGACGUGUACUUCUGUUAAACUGCUUUUUAUUUACUCAGUUUGAGAUGAAGAAUCUUGAUAUGUUGGGAUUAUGAGCAUAGUAUAGACACAUAUGUAGGCUUUUACAUUGCUUUUAUUAUGCUUAAGCAUUGCUGAAGACGGCAUAUUUGAAAUGUUGGAGCUAUUUUAAAUUAUUGAGUUUGUUUUCAUAGAUA